AUGCGAUAUAUCAAUCUGCUACCCGUCGCGGCGUCCGUGGCCACAGCCAUCGUCCUCCCUGACGACGCGACCGCUCAGCAAUUGGGCUUGGACUUGGAGAAGCCGGCCGAGAAAGCCGAGAAGGCAGCGCCGGCAUGGUGGGACUCUGUGCGCUCAGCGCCUGAGGCAGCCUUUGACUUCAUCGACAAGAGGGCACACAACCUCCUCGAUCAGAUCGAGACUUUCUAUGAGACGGAUGCGGCCGAAGACGUUUUCGGCAUAGCCGGACUUCACGGUGGCCACGGCCCAUACAAUUUAACCUUAUACCAAGCGAUUAACUUAUCGAAUUACACCAAGAAGUUCGCGGCUCUCGUGAACGACUUCCCCGAUGUUGUCGACUUGCUGAACAGCACCAAGACAAAUUCAACGGUCUUCAUUCCUCUCGAUAAGGCAUUUGAGAAGAUUCCUGACCACGGCCACAAGCCGCCUAAGGAAUUCGUCGAGAAGGUCAUCGAAUACCAUGUCUUGUCCGGAGUCUAUCCCGCCGGCCGUGUGCUAGCUUCCCACACCCUGCCUACAUCCCUUAAGAGCAAGUUCCUUGGGGAUUGUCCCCAACGAUUGAGAGCCAGCCUCAGCUUGUUCGGGCUCAAGCUUAACUUCUUCAGCAAGAUUGUCAAGGCGGAUCAGUUCUUCAAGAAUGGCGUCGCCCACGGCGUAGAUAACAUCCUGGUACCACCGCCGCCCGCGGGACGAACAAUUCAGCUGUUCCCUUCCAAGUUCUCUACGCUUGAGCUGGCAGCGAAGAAGACCGGGCUGUUCUCCCAUCAUGAACACGGCAAGGAUGACGACCACAAGCACUUCGAGCCCCGCACAACUGGCCUAACCAUCUUCGCCCCUACCAACAACGCCUUCGCUCGCCUAGGCCCCGCUGCCAACGCCUUCCUGUUCAACACCGAGAAAGGCCUCGGCUUCUUACGCGCUCUGCUGAAGUACCACAUCGUAAUGAAUGAGACUCUGUACUCAGACGCAUAUUACGGACAGAAGGGCCAAUCCGAAGACAUCUUCGCACAAUCGACAUCCAAUGACGACGUCAGCGCGACUAGCAGCGAGAAGAACGGCCACUUCCACGUCGACCUCCCCACGCUGCUCGAUGGCAAGCAUCUGUCCAUCGACAUUGCUCGUUUCUUCGGCUUCAUAACAAUGACCAUCAACGGCGCCGCCAAGGUCGCCGUCGAGGACGGCGUCUGCCUGGACGGUGUCAUCCACGUCAUGGGCUCAGUGCUGUUCCCGCCCCGCACACCCGGAUCUGGCGCCUCGUGGACCGAGGCAGACGGCGAGAUCUCCGUCGAGGAACUCGUCGACAUCCUACAACCUUACGUCGAUGAGGAUGGCGAGACAAACUCCCCUGCUGGCGGGGACCAGGUUUGGGGUGAACUAUAA